AUGGCGGGGGCGGCGGCGGGGCUGUGGCGGCUCCGGGCGGCCGCGGGGCUGUGGCCGCUGCCGGGCCCGGCCGUGCGGGGCCGGGCGCUGCCGCCCGCACCCCGGUGCCGCCCGCUGCUGCCCGCACCCCGGUGCCGCCCGCUGUCGCAGCUGCCGCCGGGCCGCGGCCCUCGGGCGGGCGCGCACAGGCGGGUCGUGUCGUGGCGGUCGCUGGCGGCCACCGUGGUGCUGGGCGGGGGGCUGCUGGCCGGCAUGAAGGUGAUGAAGCGGCGCAAGGAGGAGAAACUGGAGAAGGAACGAAACCGAGGCAUUGGGAAGCCGCUGCUGGGAGGGCCCUUCUCCCUCGUAAGCCAUGAGGGACAGCCCAGGACCAGCAGGGACUACAUUGGCCAGUGGGUGCUGAUCUACUUUGGCUUCACUCACUGCCCUGACAUCUGUCCUGAUGAACUGGAGAAAAUGAUUGCAGUGGUGGAUGAAAUCGAUCGAAUUCCAUCUUUGCCUAAUCUGACCCCACUCUUCAUCACCAUCGAUCCUGAGAGGGACAACCAAGAAGCCAUUGCCAGAUAUGUCAAAGAAUUUUCUCCGAAGCUGGUGGGAUUGACGGGUAGCAGGGCACAGAUUGACCAAGUGGCUAAAGCAUACCGUGUGUACUACAGCGAAGGGCCCAAGGAUGAGGACAACGAUUACAUAGUGGAUCACACAAUAAUUAUGUACCUCCUCGGCCCCGAUGGUGAAUUUGUGGACUACUAUGGCCAGAAUAAGAAGAGUGCUGAGAUUUCUGCUUCCAUUGCUGCACACAUGAGAAAAUACACAUCCUAAAGCAGAAGGUCCUCAAAGAUUGCUGUGAAUGUCACCUGUGGGUUUGGCUGUGGUUGGACAUUGGAGCUAAAGCAGAAGCACACAAGUGUAACAUCCUGUCAAGCAGGUCUCCUUUCUUCUAAAUAAGAAAGGUUAUCCAUGUUUCUGCAAAUUUCCAUUGCCAAAAAUUUCUACAGAGCCUUCCCCGUGGAUAUAAUUUCCAACAAGAUCUCGGGUACAGAAUAAAAUUUGGGACUUCUCUGAAACAUUGCUGGGAGCAAAGGAUGGAAAGCACUUCUCAGUUGGGAGGAACGUGUGUGUUGCUGGGAAAAUAUUGCUGGUAAAACAAUUGCUGGUCUGGCAAGGACGGCAGUCACUGCAGGAGGAUUAUUUGAUGCAAAGCCAUUACUUGAUGGGGCCAUGGCAUUCUCAGAGGAGCUCUGACCUCUGGUUUCUCUGCACUGUUUUGCCUUCUAGGAGAGGCAGUUGCACUGUUAGAAGCUGGGGAGCCUUAAGAGUGUUGCUUUAUCCAGGUUAAGAAGGUGAAGAGCACUGAAAGCACCAGCAGCUUCCACACAUGGGACCAGCCCUGUAGCAAGCCUGAUCAUUUCAUCUGAAUGCAGAAAUGAAUUGUCUUUUUCUGGUGAUUUUUCCAGGUGAACACUGUUCACUUAUAAGGAAAAGAGAAUUGAGUUGCAAAUAGGUUUUUCUUCUGGUGCAGAUGAUGGUGUGUGUAGUUGCUCUGCUUGUGCUAGGGGAAGUGGGCAGGCUGGAGGGGGGCUGUGUCCAUGCACAGGGCUGGCAAUCAGAUACAUUUUAUGCAGUGCAGCAUUUGAAAAUAAAGAUUGAUUUGUAUAGGCAAUAUAUAUUUUUAUUUCCUUAGGUUUGACUAGAAUGUCAUCAGAACUUUGUAUACUGGUCAAACUUGCUCUGCUUUCCUUCUUUUUAGAAAGCAGUAUUUAUUUCUAGUCAUGCACAUUGGGAGCUGAAUGUGCUUUUUUAAGCCAAACCUCAGAGAAUGGCCCACAGGAGACAAACCAGAACAGCUCUUGGCGUGAGUUCCAGAGGGUGUUAGACUGAACACAGGUGUUCCUGCAGGUAGCACUGGUGUUCUGACUGUGGGGGUUGGAAGAGAACAUUCCCAUCCAAGGGAAGGUGCAAAGCCUGUGGAAAUUUUCUGUCUUUGCAAAAUUGUGAAAAACUGUAAACUUCACCUGUUUCAGAGCAGUGGCAUCUCAUGAAUUUUUACACGUGUUGGAUUCUUGCUCUCUUCCAUGGGUUUCACCUUCAGGUCUGUA